UCAACACCUUUCCUUAAUUGUUCCAUUUAAUCUGUUUCGCUCUCUUUGGAGCAUUAAAUGGAUUCUGAUAUUUUUCUCUCGCUCCAUUAGCUAAUUCUUCUCCGUUGGGUGCUACGUCAGCUUUCCCGAGCUUACGUCAUCUCUCCGGCGUCUCUGAGCUCUUUCAAGGUCUCUCUUUCUAUCUACAUCUCUCUUUACACAUCGAAGAAGAAUCUGAUUGGUCUGUAACAAAUGGAGAAUGUUUAAACAAAAAAUGAAGAUCCAAAUGUAAAAAUAAAGAAGAUUCAGGAUCAUCUUCAGCUUGACGAAAAGAUUACUUAAAAAGAAUGGGACAUUUUUCGUCGAUGUUCAAUGGAUUAGCUCGAUCCUUCUCGAUCAAGAAAGUGAAGAACAACAAUGGAAACAGCGACGCUAAGGAAGCUGCUGAUGAGAUGGCGAAAGAGGCGAAGAAGAAGGAGCUGAUUCUGAAAUCAUGUGGUUACGUAUAUGCAGAAGGAUCUAAUAACUCGGCCUCUGUUUUCUCCAAACGCGGCGAAAAAGGCGUUAACCAGGACUGCGCAAUCGUUUGGGAGGGAUUUGGGUGCCAAGAAGACAUGAUAUUCUGCGGAAUAUUCGAUGGACAUGGUCCAUGGGGUCACUAUGUAGCCAAACAUGUAAGAAACUCAAUGCCUUCGUCGCUUCUGUGCAACUGGCAAAAGACUCUUGCUCAAGCCACAUUACUAGAUCCUGAGCUAGACCUCGAAGGCUCUGAUAAAGGACUCGAGAGAUUCGACAUAUGGAAACAUUCGUAUCUCAAGACAUGUGCGUCGGUUGAUCAAGAGCUUGAACAUCACCGCAAGAUCGAUUCUUACAACAGUGGGACAACCGCUCUAACCAUUAUCAGACAGGGUGAAAUUAUUUAUGUAUCAAAUGUAGGCGAUUCACGAGCGGUACUAGCCACGGUUUCAGAUGAAGGAAGCUUGGUUGCUGUUCAGCUCACCCUCGAUUUCAAACCAAAUCUGCCUCAGGAGAAGGAGAGGAUAAUCGGAUGCAAAGGGCGGGUUUUCUGCCUGAAAGAUGAGCCGGGAGUCCACCGUGUGUGGCAACCGGACGCAGAAACACCGGGGCUUGCAAUGUCGAGGGCGUUCGGAGACUAUUGUAUCAAAGAGUAUGGAUUGGUCUCAGUCCCUGAAGUCACUCAAAGGCAUAUCUCUGCUAAAGACCACUUCAUCAUCUUGGCUAGUGAUGGGAUAUGGGAUGUGAUCUCUAACCAAGAGGCUAUAGAGGUCGUCUCUUUGACGGCUGAGCGGCCUAAGGCAGCUAAACGAUUAGUGGAGCAAGCGGUUCGUGCUUGGAAAAAGAAGAGACGAGGAAUCGCCAUGGACGAUAUGUCCGUUGUUUGCCUCUUCCUCCAUUCCUCCUCUUCUUCAUCGUCAUCUCUAUCACAACACAUUCAUCAUGCCACGACUUUUAAGUAAAAAUUUGCGUUGUAUAUAGAUCAGCGAUAGCAUUGCGUUUGUAACAUUCGUUUUAAACUUCGAAAUGCGAUUAUUUGGUUGCAGCCAUCAUGAGUCGUUUCAUACGUCUCAUUAUGUACUAAAGAGAGAAGAAGAAAAGA